AUGCCGGCGGCGGCGCGUGCCAGAUUAAACAAUAAGGAGGCCAGGCCGGGCCAGCGGCCUCCAUCUGUCCGCCGCGCCGCCGAAACCGCCGCUUAUAUUCAAAUUGGAAACCAGCCCUUCAUCACGUUGCAGACGAGCGAGCUGGACGCGCUGCUGUGCCGGCCGGAGCUGGACCGGCUGCGCUGUCUGGACGUCGAGCCGGACGUGAAGCGCGAGUCGCCGCUGCACCACCACCACCACCACCAUCCCCCGCACCACCACCACCAUCACCACCAUCACCACCACCACGGGCUCCACCACCACGACCCGUACCUCGAGUCGUCACCGGCGCCGGCGCCCGCCCCCAGUGACUCGCCGGUGGGUCACCCGUCGGGGGCGGGCGCACUAGCCGCCGCCUUCUCGUUGGCCACCGCCCCAGCAGCCGCCCCCGACGACGACGUCUUCCUGAGGCCGGCCAUCUGGGAGGACAUCACCUCUAGCAUCCAGAAGCUGGAUCCCGAGAACGCGGAGAUGCUCGCCGCCGCCAUCGUCAAGAUGGAGUCCCCGGACGACAUAGACCGGCUGCAGGUGCCGCUCCACCCCAGCUACUUCCAGCCGCAGCCGGCGCACCACCGACUGCAACCUCAGUCGCAGCCCCAGCAGCAGGCGGGGGCGGCAGUGGUGGUGGGGGCGGUCCCCGCGGCCGCGCCGGCGCCGGCGCCGUCGCUGUCCUACAAGCUGGCCGGCGUCGCCGCCUCCGUCUCCGGCUCCCCCUCUUGCUCCGCCUCUGCGCCCGCCCCCGGCUCGUCCGUCCCCGCCCCCACCCCCGCCCCCGGGCUGCUGCCGCGGCAGUUCGCGCCGCCGCCCACGCCGCCCGCGUCGGAUCCCGGCUCCCCCGGCGCGCGCCGCACGCCGCCGCCUCCCUACCCUGCGCAGGCGCCGGCGCCGCACCCGCAGCCGCCCCCGCAGCCUCCGCCCCCACCUGCAGCCACGGUGCUGGCGGCUGCAGCCACCCCCACGCCAAAGUACAACCGACGGAACAACCCGGAGCUCGAGAAGAGGCGGAUCCACCACUGCGACUACAUCGGUUGCACCAAGGUCUACACGAAGAGCUCCCACCUCAAGGCGCACCAGCGGAUACACACAGGGGAGAAGCCGUACCGCUGCCAGUGGCCGGAGUGCGAGUGGCGGUUCGCGCGGUCGGACGAGCUGACGCGCCACUACCGCAAGCACACGGGCGCCAAGCCCUUCAAGUGCGCCGUGUGCGACCGGUCGUUCGCGCGCUCCGACCACCUCGCGCUGCACAUGAAGCGCCACCAGCCCAAGGCGCCCAAGUGAGCGAGGCGCGCGU